AUGCCGCCCUUCCACGCUGGCUGGGAGGCCAUCCACGCGGUGUCCAUGGAGGUCGACGGCGCCAAGGUUUCGGUCGACGUCAGUGCCGACAUGAUGAUGCCGCUGCGGGUGAAGUACAACGAGCCAGACAACGUCGUCGUGCCCAUCAUGGCUUACAAGAUCCGCCAUCUGCCGUUGGGGCCGAAGGCUGUGGCGCUGCUCAAGCUGCUCCACAGCUAUCCGAAGCUCGCCGCCGCGGUCGUCAUCCACGAUCGCAAUCGCAUGAAGGUGGUUAAGAAGAAGACCGACAGCGAGAGGCUCAGGGCCAGGGCCGCUUCCAAGGCAAAGGCGGAGGAGGCGAAGGCCCUUUAG